AUGAGUGAUAGAUCUUCAAAACCACAUAGAUCACAUAAGCGACAGAAGUCAUCUUUAACAAACAUAGGCUAUUAUUUCCCUGAUCAAACAUCAACACAACAGCCAUCACAUCCACAAUUUCAACAAUUUGUACAACAGAGACAACAACAGCAACAGCAACAGCAACAACAACAGCAUCAUCAUCAGCAGACUCACCAACCACAUCAACGACAUAAUAGACAAUUGUCUCAAUCUUCUCAAUUAUCGCCUCAUCAAUAUCAACUGACAUCGAUACCAUCACAAUCGUCACAGCCAUCACAACAGUCACAACCAUCCUUCUAUGAUUAUGACCCCUACAAUACAUUGAAUUAUAGUCUUAAUUCAACCACUGCGCCAAGCUCCAGUACGGGUACUGGGCAUAAUAUCAUUCAAGGCGUACCAGUAAAGCCAAUUCCGUCUCCAACCAGAGGUCAGUUCGGUCCUGCUCCAUUUUUAUCAUACCAAUCGCCUACUCAGUAUAGUAUACCUGGGUCAGUGGAUCAGAAUUUUGGGACAAUCCCUCUGAUUCCAUUGCCGUCUGAGCAAUAUAAUUCAGACACUCCCAAUGUGUACGAACAGUUUACAUACCCAAAACCCGUAACGGAAUUCAACGAUCUACCCCAAUCUGAUAUCAAUACGUCCGUGCAAGCAAAGCGUCCUGCGAAACACAAUAAAAACUUGUCGGUAUCUACUAGGUUUAAUUUAUUUAAUUUAAAUGAGAACGAAGACCAAAGUGAGCGAGAAACGGCAACUAAACCUACGUCUAUAAAUCCACUUUUCAACGAUUUCUUGCAGGACUUGGCUAUUGUGGACGGAUCUAAUAUUAACAACUAUUUAUUAAAGGUACUAGAGAAACUAGGAUCGCCAUUACCGAUAGAUGAUUUUUAUAACUUUUUAUAUAAUAACGAGAAGCAAGCAUCUGCUACUCCAGCUAUCCCAACACAUAAAAUUGAUAAGACCAUGAUCAAUUUUUCAGUUCAAUCUUCAGCUUUCAGUCUUUUGGAUCAAUUGCUCAACAUUUUCAAGGUCCCCAACCUGCUUAUUGAAUACUUCCCAAAUAUCGCUAAUAGAGAGAAUAAAUUAUUUGGAAUAAAUUAUCAUGAAUUGCUAAGAACUUUUUUGGCCAUUAAGAUUCUAUUUGAUAUUUUGAUUCAAUUACCAUCCAAUAAUGAUCCCCAAAAUUAUACAAUUCCAAGGUUAUCUAUUUACAAAACAUAUUAUAUAAUAUGUCAGAAAUUGAUAAGACAAUACCCAUCUCCCACAAACACUUCAAGCGAACAACAAAAACUAAUUUUGGGCCAGUCUAAAUUAGGAAAAUUAUUAAAAUUAGUUUAUCCUGAUUUGCUAAUUAAGAGAUUAGGUAGUAGGGGUGAUUCGAAAUACAAUUAUUUAGGUGUAAUCUGGAAUCAGAAUAUCAUUGAUGAUGAGAUUAAGAAGCUUUGCGAUGACAACGAAUUAGUACAUUUACAUCGGAUAUUUGACACAAAGGAUAAACCUUUUUCCUUUCAGAGAAGAAGAAAUCAUUCGACGACUAGUUAUAAUCCAAUUCCAGGUCACAAAAUUAAAUUGAAAACCAGAUCAAAAUCUGAGCCUCAAAUACAACUAAAAGGUCCUCAUACAGAAUCGUACAGUAAUGAAAAUAUUAGAACUCCUAGCUUUUCGUUCAUUAAACCACAUUUGAAAUUUCCUGAAUCUGAUAAUUUUACUAUUUUGGAAGAAAAUAAUGAUAAUCCUAACUGGUUUACAAUUAUAAAACAGAACACAUACGAAUGGUUCAAAAAUUGUAACUCAACAUUUCCAAUGCGUGAAGCUAUUGGAAUGGUUUUCUUUAAUAAUGAUAAUUUGGUCGAGAAGAAUUUCUUAUGUGAUGGUUUGAUAGAAAAGGUAGUGAAACCCUUAAAUUCAGAUCUUGGAUACGCUGAAAAUUUCGAUCUACAUUUAUAUUUAAUUAUUAUUGUGGAAUUGCUACCAUAUUUAUUGUUUCUUAAAACUUCUUCUCGGGUUAAUUAUUUGAAAAAUCUAAGAUUAAAUUUAUUAUACUUGAUUGAUAAUUUUAAUGAUGAACUAAAUAAUAUAGGUGCUAAUAAUAACUUCAAGAUUGACAAUUCAAGAAAGUUUUUAAUUUUAAUGAAAAAGCUUAUAAAUAUUAAUGAUCUAUUGAUAACAUUUAUUAAGCUUAUUAAUAAAGAUGAUGCUUCUAAUUCGUCAGUGAUGGUUCUUGAUAUUGAAAAUUAUUUGAAUCUCACUGAUGAAGAUCAAUCAGAUAAUGGAAUAGAUGAAGAUAGUGAAUCGAAAUUGAGUUUCAAACAUGAUAUUCUAUCAAAAGAUCUAAUUUACGCCUUGAAUGCUUACAAUUUCGAUCCUACUUUGGACCAUCAUUCCAGGUCUAUUUUAUCUCCUGAUUUUAUAAAGGAUGAGGUCGAUUUAAUUGGAAACUUUUUCGGAACAGAUUUACUAAAUUUUUUGAAUAAUGAAGAUUUAGGGGAGAAAUAUGAACAGAUUACAUCCAGAGAAUCUAACGAUGAAACAGAUUCCAUACUUUCAAAGAAGGAAGGCACAAAACUUGUAUCCUUGCUUGCUUUAAUUCAUGAUAAAUUACUCACCAAGCAUUUCAAAACGAAGUAUCCAAUUCUAGUCUAUACGAAUAUUAUGAGUCUUAUACUUAAUGACUCGUUGAAGUAUAUUUUUAUUAAAUAUCAGAAGCAACAGAAUAAUCAACGUAAAGAUGAAAACCAAAAUAGCUUUGGUAAUUGGUGGGUGUUCAAUUCGUUUAUUCAGGAAUAUUCAUGCUUAAUGGGAGAGGUUGUUGGCUUAUAUGAUUCAAUUUAG